CGGGCCUUCCGGGAAAGGGGCGCGCGGCAGAGGAGGCUCGCGAGUAGGGACUCUUGCUCCUUGCUGCGCAAGAAAUGUCUUCACUUUCAGAAUAUGCCUUGCGCAUGAGUCGUCUGAGCGCCCGGCUGUUUGGUGAAGUUGCCAGGCCCACUGAUUCCAAAUCCGUGAAGGUGGUGAAGCUGUUCAGUGAGCAGCCUUUGGCCAAGAGGAAGGAGACUUAUGACUGGUAUCCUAAUCACAACACUUAUUUUGCACUCAUGGGGAUACUACGUUUUCUUGGACUCUACAGAGAUGAGCAUCAGGACUUUAAGGAUGAGCAACUGCGUCUGAAGAAGCUUCGUGGGAAGGGGAAACCAAGGAAAGGAGAAGGGAAAAGAGCAGCAAAAAGGAAAUAGUGUUGGUCCAUCAGGAGAGGACUUCUCCCUCAGCAACCGAGAGCAGGAGGAAGUGUAUUUAUUGUCCCUCCACAUAUUGGAGGAGUAUAAGCUUCCUAAGUUGAAGAUUAUUCAGAGGAAUACAGUCAUCUCCGUGCUGAAGUUUAAUGCAGUUGAAUUGUGACUGGUUUCUUGAACACAUUUUAAUUCUGCAACAUUGUUUACCUUGGUUCUGUAAUCUGAGGUUUACCUUAUUCCCCAAAGAAAUGAGUGCAUGAUUACUAUUGAAUGACUUGUUUGGGAGGGGAUGGGAUGUUGGCAGAGUGGAGGGGAAACUCAUUAAAUGAACACCCUCAUUACUCCCUUCUUGCUUCCCCACUUAGCCAGCCCUAAGCUCUUUCAUCUCUCUGGCUGUUCAGCCACUGUCUCCACCACCAAGCUCACAAACUUUAUGUGCCUCUCCACCUACUCCUUUGAGAAUAUCUGUUAAGAUAAAUUUGUGGGAUAAAAGGCUGCAUCUGUUAA